UAUUUAAUCACCACAAAAACAAAAUAAAUUAAUAAAAAAAGAAAAGAAAAAGAGCAAAAUGAUUUUCUUUUCUCCCAAACGAAGAUCGGUUUUCAUUUUCUCAUACAAAUAAAUCAUUUGAAAAAAAAAAAAAUUACAAACAAGCAUUUCCAAUUGUUGAUCCGAUUAAGCUCUAGAUCUGAAUCCGAAUCCCAACUUUUAUCUCAACGGAAAAAUUUCAGAGAAUACGGCAUUUUGAUCUCGGGUGUAGAACAAGAACAUAGAAAUUCUAGAUCUUGAGGUGUAAUGCGGGUUCAGAAUUCGAAUUCCUUGAGUUAAAUUUUGAAGCUGAAAGAAAUUGAUAUUAUAAUUUCCGAGCAUAGCCAUGGUUUUUUGGGAAGGGUAUGUGAGCGACGAAGCAAUGGGGACUUUUGCCCCAAUUGUGGUGUACUGGUUGUACGCAGGGUUCUAUCAGCUGCUGCCUCCAUUGGAGAAUUUCCGGUUGCAUACUAGAAAGGAGGAGGAUGAGAAGAAUUCUGUGCCGCUUUCUGCUGUUGUUAAGGGUGUCUUGCUUCAGCAGCUCGUGCAAGCCACCGUUGCGCAGGCGCUCUUCUUGCUGACCUCGAAGGCUAAUGCAUCAGGGAUCACGAUUCAGCCCUCCAUUCCUGUGCAAAUUGUGCAGAUUGUUGUUGCAAUGUUUGUCAUGGACUCUUGGCAGUACUUUGUGCAUCGCUACAUGCAUCAUAACAAGUUUCUGUACCGCCACAUCCACUCUCAGCAUCACAGGCUGGUUGUCCCCUAUGCAAUUGGGGCCCUUUACAAUCAUCCGCUUGAAGGACUCUUGCUGGACACUUUUGGUGGGGCAAUCUCUUUCCUCGUCUCAGGGAUGACUGCACGAACAGCUGUUUUUUUCUUCUGCUUUGCUGUUAUUAAAACUGUUGAUGAUCACUGUGGUCUUUGGUUGCCUGGCAAUAUUUUCCAUAUUGUCUUCCAGAACAACAGUGCUUAUCAUGACAUCCAUCAUCAACUCCAAGGACUUAAGUACAACUACUCUCAACCUUUCUUUCCCAUAUGGGAUAAACUUCUUGGAACGCACAUGCCAUACAAUCUAGUAAAGCGACCUGAAGGGGGUUUUGAGGCAAGGGCAAUGAAAGACUAGAAGUUCACUAACAAUUUUCUCAGUGUAUUACUUUAACCUCACUCAGACAGGAAUGAUUUUUGGUUGAGGAUGAGCCAUGUGUUGGGAAGCUGAAAGAAUUAUUAGAGGCUACAUUGUAGGCAUCCAGUCGGAGAUAAUUUGAUUUCAUUCCUCUUUUGAUUGCUCAACACUAUUUUCAGUCGGUUCUUGUAGCACCACCAAUCUAUUAUGAAUUCUAAUUGUGUUAUUCUAUGUUGUCUAUUAUGUAGCAUAUUUGCUUCCUUUGUCAUGGACUGUUAGGAUAUUCAGGACUAUUGAGAUUGGUGUACUUGCCAUGUAUGUUGCUUUAGAUAGCUAGAAAUUGUUUGCAAAAUAAGGAAUUUGUAAUUUGGAAUGCUUUAAUGAUUUGAAUUCAGGCUAUCAUGCCCUGGUUGUUCCAA